GUAGCUCACAGCUUUUGACGGUUCGUGUAGUGUGCUAUGCACCGUGCUGCGCCGUACCGAACGGUCGCUCACUCGCUUCGUCGAUUCGUCCAUUAGUUUGGAGUUGGAAGUUGGAAGUUGGCAGUUGGCAGGUGAGCCGGCCGGGUAGCUGAGCCGUGAAUCGUUGGUUCGUUCGCAAUUAUAGUCAGACAGUCGGUCGUACAAUCGAAUUUUUUUAAAAAGUGUGUGAAAUUAGUCGUGAGGAGAGUAUAACGCGAGAAAUAGGAUAGAUGAUGAAUGUGCUGAGGAGAGAGUGUGGUGCGCGUGUAUACUCCUCGACUCUCACUCGACGAAUUUUAUCCCGAUAGAGACGUUUUUUUCACUUGGACUUCUUUCGAGGCUCCCCACUCGUGAACGUUGGAUUCGAAAUAGUGGCGGGCCGAUGACGUCUUUCAAAAACUGUUGAACCACUCAGCUGCCGGUACACGUCCAUUCGUCGAUCCAUCCAUCCAACUUAAUACCGUCGUUGCCUUCGCUUUGACUCGGCUUUGAAAAUUUGACGAUAUCAAAAAUGGUUGCAAGAAUAUUUGCGGCCCAUGGCCGUUUCUGCGCUAGUCAUUCCCUCGAGGUUAUCGUCGGUACAUUGACCUUGACUGCGUGUAUGUUGACCUUGGAAACCGGAAGUAACCAUCAGCGAGAGAAGAGUCUUCACACGGCCGGUAAACAUUGCUGGAACGGUCGCUGCAGCGGGGAUGACCUGAAUGCAGCCGAUAUGAUCGUUAUGACGAUUAUUCGAUGCCUGGCUGUACUCUACAGUUACUAUCAGUUUUGCAAUCUCCACAAAUUGGGGUCCAAGUAUAUUCUCGGUAUUGCCGGACUCUUCACCGUCUUUUCCAGUUUUAUAUUUACAUCAAGUGUGGUGAAUUUUCUCCAAAGCGACAUCUCAGAUUUGAAAGACGCACUUUUCUUCUUUCUCCUCCUGAUCGACCUCUCAAAGGCCGGGGUGUUAGCGCAAUUAGCCCUGAGUUCAAGGAGCCAGGAGGAAGUCCGGGCGAAUAUUGCUCGCGGUAUGACUUUGCUGGGUCCGUCAAUAACGCUGGAUACACUAGUCGAGACACUUCUCAUCGGCAUUGGAACCUUGUCAGGAGUUAGAAGAUUAGAAAUAUUAUGCUGCUUUGCUUGCCUGAGCGUCAUUGUGAACUACGUUAUAUUUAUGACCUUCUAUCCGGCAUGUUUGUCUCUUAUUCUUGAGCUGUCCAGAGGAAGUAUCACCAUCGGCCAACUCAGCGCCGACAAAAUGUUACUGAUGCAUUCUCUCCACGAAGAAGAUCAAAAGCCAAAUCCUGUUGUUCAACGUGUCAAGUUAAUUAUGAGCGCCGGUCUCAUAUUGGUCCAUGCCCAUAGUCGUUGGCCAUUCAAACAUGAAGAUUGCGCAGAUGUAGCAGAAGGAACGAUAUCACAAGUAAAUUCUUACAUAGUCGUGAAUAAUCAUAACGAUACUGAAGUGCCAACGGAUCUUCACGAAUACUUUAUGAAGUGGCUGUCAGUCAGUGCAGAUCAUAUUGUUAUUUUGAUACUGCUUCUUACGCUGGCUAUAAAGUUUAUAUUCUUUGAAGACAAGGGUGAGCUUACCGAGCAGCUCAGACUAACCGAAGAAAGAGAGGAACAACAGAGAAUUAGCGAAGAAAAUAUGCAAACAACUGCACUAGAUGUUUCUCUUCAGCAAAGAUUUGGCGCACCGCUACCUGUGAUGCAUACACCUGUGUUUCCAAUUUCUGGAAUGAAUGGAGAAUGGGUCGAAGUUGGCGACGAGAUGCAAGUCAAAUUCUUCGACAAAGAGGUUCAGACAGAAAAAAGCAUUCCGUACUCGCAAAACUUUCCUGAAUCUAAUACAGAUAAUUCACAAGAUACACCCGAAACGACAAGGAGUGUUGAAGAAUGUCUGGCCAUUUAUAAAUCUGAGUUGGGUGCGAGCGCGCUGACAGACUCCGAAGUCAUACAACUCGUGCAACACAAAUACAUUCCAGCAUAUCAGCUUGAGAAAGCAGUUGGGGAUAUGGAAAGAGGAGUUAAUUUGCGCCGUACGAUCGUUGGAAGGGCUGGAAAAUUCCUGGAUCAUCUGUCGGAUUUGCCGUACAAAAACUACGACUAUUCAAAAGUGUUGGGUUCUUGCUGUGAGAAUGUGAUUGGAUACAUACCGAUACCGGUUGGAAUAGCCGGACCUUUACUGGUCGAUGGUGAAUUGAUUCAUGUUCCAAUGGCGACAACAGAGGGCUGUCUAAUCGCCUCCACAAAUCGUGGAAGCAGGGCUCUCCUGAAGUGUGGAGUGACAAGCCGAGUAGUCGCAGAUGGCAUGACUAGAGGACCCGUAGUUCGAUUUCCAAAUAUAUCUCGAGCAAGUGAAGCGAUGACAUGGAUGCAGGACGAGCAGAACUUUGCAACGAUGAAAAGUUCAUUUGAUUCGACGAGCAGAUACGCAAGAUUGACAAGAAUACACAUUCGCAUAGCAGGCAGACUGUUGUUCAUAAGAUUUGUAGCGAAAACCGGUGAUGCUAUGGGUAUGAAUAUGCUCUCGAAAGGUACAGAAAAAUCUCUACAAGCGGUGCAGAAAAUUUUUACAGACAUGGAGAUUCUGUCACUAAGCGGAAACUUUUGUACCGACAAGAAGCCGGCUGCUGUCAACUGGGUUGAAGGCAGAGGGAAGAGCGUUGUCUGUGAAGCCAUCGUUCCAGCGGAUAUCGUCACCACAGUACUGAAGACCUCGGUCCAUGCGCUUGUCGAUGUUAAUAUCAGUAAAAACUUAAUUGGAUCUGCUAUCGCAGGCAGCAUAGGCGGUUACAAUGCGCACGCAGCGAACGUUGUGACAGCCAUAUACAUUGCCACGGGACAGGAUCCGGCCCAAAAUGUAGGAAGCAGUAAUUGCAUGACCAUCAUGGAGCCCUGGGGGCCUGAUGGAAAUGAUUUGUAUGUAUCCUGCACAAUGCCAAGCAUUGAAAUUGGCACUGUUGGAGGCGGGACUGGAUUGCCCGCUCAGGGUGCUUGUUUGGGAGUACUUGGAGCCAAAGGCGCCCAUCCAGAAACUCCUGGUGAAAAUGCUAGCAAAGUUGCCAGAGUUGUCUGCGCCACUGUACUUGCCGGAGAGUUAUCCUUGAUGGCGGCUCUCACUGCAGGACAUCUAGUCAAAAGUCAUCUCCGACAUAACAGAUCGUCUACGGCAAUGAGUAACCCGGUGAAUUUAAACAGAACGAGUAUGGGUGGAAACUUGACAGUGCCAAAUCUUAUCCCACCUAUAGAACCUCAAUGCACAGAACCAGCACGACAGUCCUAGCAGAGCCUUUAAUACUUGUGUGAUUGUAUUAACGUAAAGAAAUAAGAAACAAGAACAGACGAGUUGUGCGAAGCAGUGAACGAUUCGUUGUUCCAAAGAGCAGCAAUGACUCUCUCUCUCUCUCUCAAUCUCAGGAUACACACUGUAAUUGUCACAUGAGAAGAAAUCCGUUUGUUCCAGAGAAGAAUAAUUCUACGAAACACCCAUUACGUCUCAUUGUCAGAGCAAUUAAAUCAAAUAUCUUAUUAUAUAAUGGUAAUAAAUAAUAAUAAUGAUAACGACAAUGAUAUCGACUUGCGGAUGGUUAUCGUUAGAAACACUCUUGUCAAACGUAUUAGAAGUAACAUGUAAUUACAUACUUGAAGAUAAAGAAAUCAUCAACUGUUAUUUUAAUUAAGAAAAAACUUUGAAAAAUUUUAAUAAUAACAAUAAUCGGAUGUACGAGGCAAACAUUGCCGAGACAUGUGCAUAAAUAUUUAAUAUAUUCUAUUUUACUUUUAUUAAAUAUAUUGCGUCACCUUUUAGUGAGAAUUGGCUUCUUGCAUACUUUUUGUAUUUACAUUAGAAUGCUUAAUUUCAAGGGUUAUUCGAACUGUGCGACUGAUUUAAAUGUUCGAUUAAUAUAAAGUCGAGCAUAUAUAGAUAUAUAUAUAGGUGCAACGUUUUGCAUACUGAUUGAAGAAAUGGUGGUGCAAUUAUUAUUAAUAUUAUUUCUUUAAUCAAAGACAAUAUCGCCAUGAUUCCGAUUACAGUAUAUGUUUGAAAAAAUGAAGUAUAUAUACACAUAUAUAUAAAUAUUACGAACAAGGAAUUGCGACAUAUAUAUAUAUAUAUA